CAUAAAUACUACUUCCGGGUCCAAGUUCACCGAAGUUCGUCUUUUUCAAGAUGCCGCAGUGCUGUGUGCCGCUUUGUUUAAACAGAUCUGAGUUCAAAAAACAUAUGAAGCUGUCUUUCUACCGCUUCCCCUGCGACGAGAAAGAGAAAAAGAAAUGGCUGCAGUUGAUAAGGCGUGAGAACUACACCCCAAAUUGCCACUCGAGGGUUUGCAGUUGGCACUUCGCCGAUGGUAAAGCUGCCGGACCGACGCGAUUCGCAUGGAGCGAGGGAAUGACUUUACAGGUCAGGGACCGGAGGAAGAAGAAACCAAUGGUUCCCGUACGUGCUGAGGACGAGGGUGCAGAUAGCCAUGCUGCAGCUGCACAGACCCCCAGCACUUUAUCCUUCAGUCAGAUUUCCUCUGAUCCUGUUAAAGUCCAGUAUCUCACAGGACUACCUGACGCUGCCACUGUCCUGUUUUUGGAGGCGCUUCUUUCCAGAUUCGAGCUACGGUAUCACUAUGAUUGGACUGUACAGUGUGUCCCCCUGGUUGAUCAACUGCUCCUGACUUUAAUGAGACUCAAGCUUAACUACCGCCACACAGACCUUGGAAUAAAGUUUAACUGCAGCAAAGCCACCGUAGUGAACACCUUCACCACCAUCAUCCAAGCGCUGUACGACAUCUUGUACGUCGGCAUGCUGGAGAACAACAUCCCCUCCACAGCCAAGAACCAGACAUCACUACCAGACUGCUUCAAACCCUUCCCCAGCUGCAGGAUAGUGCUCAACUGCAUAAAGGUUUCAGUCUGUAACAGAGAGACACUCGCUGCACAGGGUCGUUUCGACAAUCAGAGCAAAAGAAGGACCACUCUGAAGGCUCUGGUCGGUGCCGCUCCCAAUGGAGUGAUCACCUUCAUCAGUGACCUGUACGGUGAAAGCGUCUCAGACAGGGAAAUAACAGCCGACUGUGGAAUUCUCCAGCACCUACGACCAGGUGACACGGUUAUGGCAGACGAGGGCUUCGCAAUUCUACCAGAGGGAGUUUCUCUGAACGUCUCGUCCUCCGUCGUCGGCGGACAGUUCACUCAGAACAACAACAGACUCAUCUCACAGGCCAGGAGUCGUGUGCAGCGUUCCAUUCAGAGGCUGAAGUUGUUCUCCAUUUUGGACCACAUCCCAUUUCACUUCAAAAGACACAUGAACAAGAUACUGAAAGUGUGUGUGUGUCUCACAAAUUUACAAACACCUAUUCUCAGCGACAGUGGAUGA